GUAAAUCUAUCCGGGCAAACCGGAGAGCCAGGGUGCUGAAGACCGACGCAAAACGUCGACGCCAGUGACAAGAGCUAACGUGAAGUAGUCAAAAAAAUAUAUAUAAAUAUAAAAAUCUUUACCUGUAAGAUAACGAAGAAAAUUUUGGAAUUUCCUGACACUCUAGUGCUGUUUUGGAUAAAUAACUCACAGGUUAAGUCAUGUCAACCCCAGCUAGAAGAAGACUCAUGAGAGAUUUUAAACGGCUACAAGAGGAUCCUCCAGCCGGCGUUAGUGGUGCCCCAUCUGAAAACAACAUCAUGGUGUGGAAUGCAGUCAUAUUUGGCCCAGAAGGAACGCCCUUUGAGGAUGGUACAUUUAAACUCAUUGUAGAAUUCACAGAGGAAUAUCCCAACAAACCCCCUACUGUACGAUUUGUCUCUAAGAUGUUUCAUCCGAAUGUCUAUGCAGAUGGCAGUAUAUGUCUAGACAUUUUACAGAAUCGCUGGAGUCCCACCUACGAUGUGUCUUCUAUUCUUACAUCAAUCCAGUCCCUGCUUGAUGAGCCGAACCCCAACAGCCCAGCUAACAGUCAGGCAGCUCAGCUGUACCAGGAGAAUAAGCGGGAGUAUGAGAAACGUGUGUCUGCAAUAGUUGAGCAAAGCUGGAGGGACAGUUGACCUGGCAACCCUGAAGCUGCUCGCUCCAUCGUUAAGCUGUGUGUGCUGCAAGUUUUAGUGGAGUAACUCUUAAUUUUUUAAAAUUUUGCUCCUUUUUAAUUUUAAGCAUUUAUGCACUUUACCUUUGACUUCACCAUAAAGUGUGUUUUUCUUUCUCUGUUUUGGCUCAGAGGUUUUUUUUUCCCCUAAAAUGCCCCAAUUUUCUAGUCAGUCAGGGGAAAUGUGUGAAUAUUGCCUUGAUGUUUUGUCAAUAUGGACUAACGGGACAUCACACACACACACACACAGAAAUAAUCUGGUGUUCUUGCUGUAGAGGCUCACCACUACCUGUUUAAUCUAAUGUCCACCAAGGCACAUCAGUCAUUUUCUGUUUUGUGCUCGAUCAUUUGUCAAGUUGAUUUUCACGAGGCAGUGAAGAAACGAGCAGCCUGAGCAUCAGACCUCAGCUACAUCACAUCUUUACGCUGUGUUAUUUGCUGUGUUGUGAACUGUUACGUGCAUGAUGAUGUGUUCACAGUCAUGUUGAGUUCUUGUGUAUAUAUCUGAAGAAACCUGCAACGGAAUGAUGUACAGAUUUUGCACUGGUUGUCCCUCAUGUCACUUUUUCCAAUACUUGUAAAUAAAAAAAAAAGCCUACGUCAUCCUUAUGUAGGAAUGUGUA